GUGAGACGGAAUGAGAAGAGAAGAGUGGCAGGCUCUCGAUGACCUAGUUCUAAGUAAGCAGUGUAGUAGCUGAGUAUUGACUACAACAUAGACCCUGGUGAGAAGCAGUCGAGAGAACGGGAGGAGGCAGGAAUCCCAAACAAACAGGUGGAUUUAUCAGAUUGUGCUCCUGAGUUGCACUUGUCUCCUGAACAUGGCAGCCCAGAAAGGAGUUAAAUCUGUGAAGAAGUCUUCUGUUCCUGGGGUAACAAUCACACAAUUUGUUGAGGAUAUUCCUAAAGGGUGCAGUACCCCUGACUUUGAACGGAAGCCAAUUACCUUAACUUUACAGGAAGGUAAAAAUGCCAUUUUCCGAGCAAUGGUCAAGGGGGAACCAAAACCCGACGUGGUCUGGAAACGCAACAAUAAGGACAUUGAUGAUCCCCAAAAAUACCAAAUAAAUAUCAGUCCAGCAACAAAUGAGUUCAUCUUGCAGAUGUUCUUUUUCCUGAUCAAUACUUAUUCCCUUCCAGUUAAAUCUGUGAAGAAGUCUUCUGUUCCUGGGGUAACAAUCACACAAUUUGUUGAGGAUAUUCCUAAAGGGUGCAGUACCCCUGACUUUGAACGGAAGCCAAUUACCUUAACUUUACAGGAAGUUGGCUUUAAGAAGAAAACAAAGGAGGCCCCUUCUGCACAUCAGGGAGAUUUGAAGAAAGAGAUUCAGGACUUCAGGAAAGCACUAAAGAAACGAGCACCUUCAGCUCUUCCUAAGAAGGAAAUUGACAUGGAACAAGUCUGGCAAUUGCUGCUUAAUUCAGAUAAGAAAGAUUAUGAGAAAAUCUGCUUGAAGUAUGGCAUUGUAGACUUCCGUGGGAUGCUGAGAAGGCUUCAGGAGAUGAAGAAGGAGAGAGAAGACAAGCAAGCUCAGUAUAUCUCCAGUAUCACAAACCUGAGGCAUGUCAGAGUCAAUGAGGAGAAAGGAAAUGCUUCAUUUGAUCUAGAGAUGGAACUGAAAAGUCCAGAAAGCAGAAUUUACCUGUACAAGGAUGGCCAGAUGAUCCAUUUUGGAUUUGAUAGUGACAAUGUGAAGCACUGCCUGAGGAAGGUUGGUAAAAAGUACAAUUUCAUCAUCAAUAAUCUGCAGCCAGAAGAUGCUGGUGUAUACCAGAUCAAAGUAGAGGAUGCUGCUGUCUUCUCAACUGAGCUGGAACCAGAAACCAUCCCAGUGAGUUUCCGCUAUCCACUGGGUGAAGUGAGAUGCCACGAGCAAGGAAAUGCCGUCUUUCAGUGUACCCUCUAUGAUGCCUGCUUCGAUGCUGCGUGGUUGCAUAAAAACUGCCGCCUACAGCCAAGUGACAAAUAUGAUAUCUCUGUCUCAGAGGAUGGCUUGAUUCACCGUCUGGUCAUCAAAAACACAGAGCUCUCUGACAAAGGGACUUACACUAUUGACACAGGAAGCCGCUCUUCAAGUGCCUGGCUUGAGGUUGAAUCUGCCAAAGGAAAGAGAAAACAGACUGAAGGAGACAGUGAUGAUAAGGCUGGAUGGAAAGGCAAGGUUCUGGAAGAUGGUGCUAAAAAACUUCGUCAAGGAGAAGGGCAUGAAGACCAAGAUUCCCUUUCAGGCUUCAGCAUGGGCAAAGAUGGCCUAUAUAGAGAUGGCAGUGGAGAAGUUCAUGGUUCUUUGGGAAAAGAUGGAUCUCUGGGAAGAGGAGGGAUUAUGGGACAAUUUUCUGGAGCAAGAGGAGAUAUGGCAGAAGGGAAUACGUUUUCUAGAAUUGCUGGGAAUAGUAGUGGCCUUAUGGGACUGGACACUAUGCUAGGUGGAAGUGGUGUUAGUGGAGGUCCAGGUGGUUUGGCUGGCAUGGGAGCAUUUAAUGGUAAGGAUAGUAUGCUGGGUGGUAUAUCUUCUGGUGCUGGAUUUGGAAGUGUGGGUGGACGGCAUGCUGUACAGGGACAAGGUUCCAGGCUGCAUGGAGAUGGUAUCGGUGGUUUCAGAGCUGGAACAGGAGGGCAAGAAGGGUUUUAUGACAUGAAAGGAGUACUUGGUGGGCCUGCAGCCAUGCUCAAUGGUGCUGGAAAUCUUUAUGAUAAGGAUGGUAUGCUAGCUGGAAGUGGAGGCCCAGCAGCCAAAGGUGGACUCUAUGGAGAAAGUGGUAUGCUAAAUGGUGUUGGUAUCACCAGAGAUAGUGCAGGGAGUGGAAUCUAUGGCAGAGAUAGUACACUAGAUGGUGCUAGUGCUGGUAGGUUUGGAGCCGGGCAUGAGGGUGUAGGAGGUCACUAUGGAAAAGAUAUGUUAGCUGGAGCAGGUGCUGGUGGGGCUGGAGGUACUGGGGAUGUUGGAGGACUCCAUGGAAAGGAUGGAAUAUUCACAGGAAUAGGAAGUGGUGGACCAGGAGCUGCUGGUGGUAUUGUUGGGCUCUCUGGCAAAGAUGGUAUGCUAGCUGGAGCAAGUGGCAGUGGACUUGGUGGUGCUGGAGGUAUAGGUGGAUUCUAUGGAAAAGAUGGUCUACAAGCUGGUGCGGGGGCUGGUGGAAGUGAUGGAGGCAUAGGGGGAUUCUAUAGUAAAGAUGGUAUGCUACCUGGAACAGGGGCUGGAGGACCCGGUGGUGCUGGAGGCAUGGGGGAACUGUAUGGCAGGGAAGGUAUGCCAGCUGGAGCAGGCAGUGGAGGAGCUGGUGGUGCUGGAACCGUAGGGGGACUCUAUGGUAAGGAUAGAAUGCUGGGUGGAGCAGGCACUGGAGGACCUGGUGGUGCUUGGGAGAUAGGGGGACUCUAUGGUAAGGAGGGUACACUAGCUGAUUUAGGCAGUGGAGGAUAUGCUGGUAAUAGGGGCUUAAGCAGACUCUAUGAUAAGGAUGGUAUGCCACUAGAAGCAGCUGCUGGGGGACCUGGUGGUGUUGGGGCCACAGGAGAAGGCUAUGGCAAGGAUGGUAUGCUUGCCAGAGGAGGCACUGGUGGUGUUGGGGGUGUAGGUGGACUGUAUGGCAAGGAAGGUAUGCUUGCUGGAGGAGGUACAGGUGGACUUGGUGGCACUGGAGACAUAGGUGGUCUCUAUGGCAAGGAUGGUAUGCUAGCUGGAGUAGGUGCUGGUGGACUUGGCGGUGCCGGAGGCAUAGGUGAGCUGUAUGGCAAAGAUGGUCCACUAGCUGGAAUAGGAGCCAGUGGACUUGGUGGUGCUGGAGGCAUAGGCGGAGUCUAUGGCAAAGAUGGUCCACUAGCUGGAAUAGGAGCCAGUGGACUUGGUGGUGCUGGAGGCAUAGGCGGAGUCUAUGGCAAAGAUGGUCCACUAGCUGGAAUAGGAGCCAGUGGACUUGGUGGUGCUGGAGGCAUAGGCGGAGUCUAUGGCAAAGAUGGUCCACUAGCUGGAAUAGGAGCCAGUGGACUUGGUGGUGCUGGAGGCAUAGGCGGAGUCUAUGGCAAAGAUGGUCCACUAGCUGGAAUAGGAGCCAGUGGACUUGGUGGUGCUGGAGGCAUAGGCGGAGUCUAUGGCAAAGAUGGUCCACUAGCUGGAAUAGGAGCCAGUGGACUUGGUGGUGCUGGAGGCAUAGGCGGAGUCUAUGGCAAAGAUGGUCCACUAGCUGGAAUAGGAGCCAGUGGACUUGGUGGUGCUGGAGGCAUAGGCGGAGUCUAUGGCAAAGAUGGUCCACUAGCUGGAAUAGGAGCCAGUGGACUUGGUGGUGCUGGAGGCAUAGGCGGAGUCUAUGGCAAAGAUGGUAUGCUAGCUGGAGCAGGAGCCAGUGGACUCGGUGGUACUGGAGGUAUAUCUGGACUGUAUGGGAAGGAUGGUACACUAGGUGGAGUAGGAGCUGGUGGACCUGGAGGUUCUGGAGGCAUUGCUGGACUCUAUGGCAAGGAUGUUGUGCUAGCUGGAGUAGGAGAUGGUGGACCUGAUGGUGCUGGAGGAGUGGGUGGAUCCUAUGGCAAGAAAGGCAUGUUAGCCAGUACUGGUGGACCUAGUGGUGCUGGAGGCAUAGGCGGAGUCUAUGGCAAAGAUGGUAUAAUAGCGGGAACAGGAACUGGUGGACCUGGUACUGCAGAAGGCGUAGCUGGACAGUAUGGCAAAGAUGGUAUGCUAGCUGGAAUAGGUGCUGGUGGACUUGCUGGUGCUGGAGGCAUAGGUGGGCUGUAUGGGAAAGAUGGUAUACUAGCUGGAGCAGGUGCCAGUGGACUUGCUGGUGCUGGAGAUGUAGCUGGACUCUAUGGCAAAGAUGGUAUACUAGCUGGAGUAGGUGCUGGUGGACUUGCUGGUGCUGGAGGUAUUGCUGGGCUGUAUGGGAAAGAUGGUAUGCUAGCUGGAGCAGGUGCUAGUGGACCUGAUGGUGCUGGAGGUGUAGCUGGGCUGUAUGGGAAAGAUGGUAUGUUAGCUAGAUCAGAUGCUGGUGGACCUGGUGGUGCUGGUGGUGUAACUGGACUCUAUGGCAAAGAUGGCAUUUUAGCUGGAGCAGCUGCUGGUGGACCUGGUAGUGCUGGAGGUAUAGCUGGAGUGUAUGGAAAAGAUGAUAUGCUUACUGGAGCAGGUGCCAAUGGACUUGUUGGUGCUGGAGGCAUAGCUGGGCUAUAUGGGAAGGAUGGUAUGCUUGCUGGAGCGGGUGCUGGUGGACCUGGUGGUGCUGGAGGCAUAGCUGGUCUUUGUGGCCACGAUGGUAUGCUACCUGGAACAGGUAUCAGUGGACCUCAUGGUGCUAGUGGUGUAGUUCUAUAUGGAAAAGAUGGUCUGUUAAGGGGAACAGGAGCUGGAGGACCUAGUGGCUCUGGAAGCAUAGUUGGGCUGUAUGGGAAGGAUGGUAUGCCAGUUGGAGGAGGAGCUGGUGGACCUGGAGGUGCUGGAGGUAUAGGUGGACUCUAUGGCAAAGAUGGUAUGUUAGCUGGAGCAGGUGCCAGUGGACUUGGUGGUUCUGGAGGCAUAGGUGGACUUCAUGGUAAAGAUGGUAUUCUAGCUGGUGGAGGACCUGGUGGUGCUGGAGCUGGGUUUUAUGGGAAGGAUGGUAUACUAGCUGGACCAGGUGUUGGUGGAUAUGGUGGUGCUGGGGAUAUGGGUGGACUGUAUGACAAGAAUGGUAUGCCAGCUGGAGCAGGUAUUGGUGGUGCUGGUAGUGCAGGUGGACUGUAUGGCAUAGAUGGUAGGCCUGCUGGAGCUGGUGUUGCUGGACUUGGUGAAGGAGUGAUAGGUGGUCCCUAUGGUAGGGAUGGGAGAAUAUGUGGUGGUGGUGGUGCAGGAGUCAAAGGCACUGAUGGGUCACUGUCAGGUGUUCCUGGUGAAGAGCUCCUGAAUUACAAUCAGUUGUCUGGCUUUUAUGAUGGUGGAGUUCAAGUUGGUGACAGAAGAAGACAGCUGUCUGACACUGAUGCCAGUGGACUUAUUUCAGCUGAUAUCUUAAGAACCAGGGACAGGAAAGGAAGAGGAGGAAUUCUGCUUGAAGAGGAUAUGAGAGAACCACACUGUCGUUUCACACAAGGUUUAUUUGAUGCCCAUGCCCAGAAAGGAAAAUCAGCUGUCUUAUCAUGCAGCCUCAACAAUGACCAGCUUGAGGGAACCUGGUUUAAAGAUGGUUUCAAGGUAACAGGACUGGAGGGCUUCUCUGUUAAGAAAGAUGGUGCAGUCCAUAAGCUGAUAAUAGAUGAAGUACAAGAAAGCCAUUCUGGGAAAUAUAAAUUUGAUGCUGAAGACAUCCACACAGAGGCAUAUCUUUUUGUUGAAGACCCUCCAAAUGUUGAUGCUGCUGUCCUGGAAAAACUGAAGAAGGAGCCUGUAGUGGUUAAGGCAGGAAAGAAUGCCAUGGUCAAGAUCCCAUUUGAAGGCAAAAAGCCAAUCAGAGCUACUUGGCUAAAGGAUGAUGGUGAACUUCUUGAUGAUGCCAGGAUCCACAUUGACCAUUCAGAUAACUUCACCCGACUUUCCAUAUCCAGCACCAACCGAAAGGACUGUGGGGAUUACAAAGUGAAGCUGAAGAAUGACAGUGGAACCUUGGAAGUUUCUCUUAAACUGGUAGUGAUUGAUAAGCCACAGACACCUGUGGGUCCAAUAGAAGUUGUUGACACAUCCACAAGUGGCAUAACUAUCCAAUGGAAGCCCCCCAAAGAUGAUGGGGGUAAGCCAGUACAGAAGUAUAUUAUUGAGAGGCAGCAGGUUGGCAGAAAGACCUGGCUGACAUUGGGUGAAACCAAUGGGAGCAGCACUAUUUUCACCACCAAUAAAGUGGAACAUGACAAAAGCUAUGUCUUCAAAGUGAAAGCAGUGAAUGCUGAGGGAACCAGUGAGGCACUUGAAUCUGAGGAGGUGAUGGCUGCUACCAAAGCUUUUCCUGGCCCUCCUGCCCCUCCUAAAAUUGUCAGUGCCAACAAGGGUGCCAUCACACUCUCCUGGACGCCGCCACAUAAAACAGGCAACUCCCGAAUCUCUGGCUACAUUGUUGAGAAAUGCAAAAAGGGCAGCAACACAUGGACCCCUAUCAGUGACUUGCCCAUCACAGACAGGAAGUACACAGUGACUGAUCUGAAGGAAGGCCUGCAGUAUGAAUUCCGUGUGGCUGCUAUCAAUGCUGCAGGGAUGGGUGAGGCCAGCACACCCUCAGAAGCCAUUUUUGCUCGGGAUCCCAUGAAACCUCCAGGUCCAGUGAGGGAUCUUAAAGUGGUCAGUACUGACUACACCAGCAUCUCUUUGUCAUGGAAGAAAUCAGGAUCAGAGGAACAAAGUCAUGCCAAGGGGUAUAUUGUAGAAAUGCGACACUCUGAUGUUCUGAAAUGGACCCAGUGUAAUGCUCUCCCAAUAGCAGCAAUUAAUUAUACAGUGAGGGGGCUAAAACCCAAGGAAAUGUAUUUCCUGCGUGUGAGAGCAGUCAAUGAUGGAGGUUCUAGUGAUCCUGUUGAACUAGACACUUGCAUCCAAGCUGUACCUCCCUCUGUCCGCCCCAGGCUCCUAAUAAAUGACACUGUGAAAAGCUUCAUGAUUGUCAAAGCUGGGGAUACCAUUCGUGUGCGCAUUCCCUUUGAAGCUUCCCCGACUCCUGAAGCAAUUUGGCUGAGAGAUGGGUUUUCUCUUCCCCACAAAGCCACAACUGCUACCAGAGAAGGCCUGACCCAAGUCAUAAUACCAGGAGCUGAAUAUUCUGACAGUGGCCUUUAUACCAUCACCCUCCUAACGGAGUUUGGGAAGAAAGAGACUUUCAGCUUCCUAGUCCAAGUCAUAGAUAUCCCGGAAUCCCCUGGUCCUAUUCAGCUGGUUGAGAAUGUCCCUGAGACAGUGACUCUGAUUUGGGAGCCUUCGCCAACAGAGAAAAGAGAAAAUACCCUCUAUUACAUGGUCAUGAAACGUGAUGCCAGCAAGGGAUCAUGGGAACUGGUGUCUGAUCUGAUUUACACAAACAAGUGUACCGUCUCCAAUUUUGUCCCAGGCAGAGAAUAUUACUUCAGGGUUCUGGCAAAAAACUGCAUGGGAAUCAGCGACCCUUCUGAAACAGUACAGCCUUGGACCGUUCACAAAGCAAAGGGUAAAUUUGAAGUCAGGCUUCCAAGAUAUAAGGGAGUCAACCGAUGCCAGCCUCCACGAUUUCUUGUCCCACUGAAACCGCACAUUGUGACUUUAGGAUUUGAUUGUCACAUGAGCUGUGCGGUGACCGGAUAUCCAGUACCACAGAUAACUUGGUACAAGGAUGGCAAGAACCUCUCCCAAGAUCCUUCCUUCUUCACCAAAAAUGACUUUGGGGUCUGCUCCCUUGUGAUCCCAGGAGUCAUGCCAUUAGAUGAAGGAGAAUACAGAGUGGUUGCCAACAAUGCUCUAGGCCAGGCAGUCAGCAAAGCCUUUGUCACCAUAAAAGCAUCUACUUUUUAAUAUGGAUUCCACUGUACCAGAUUGGCAUGGCCAGCUGUAUGAUAAUGCUUUUGUGUAGGAUGGACACAGCAACUGAAAGGUGCAUAUUUAUGGUUGUCAGCAUUUGUGGAAAAACAGCCUUAAGACUCUACUUGGUUCUGAGAGUGUGAUCAAAGCAGCCCUCUUUGAAAACAGUUUUCAAUUAAAAAACACAAAGGCUUUAAAAGAAAAACAAUGCGUGCAAUUCUACUCAAUAAAUUGUUUAAGGAUUGAAUGCUGUUGUCAUCUCAGACUUCAAUGGAAACAUGUAAUAGAAAGAGAGAACUAUGGCUGGAUGGAAGUCACAGCAAGAGAAGAUGGUUUUGCAGUACGGAAGAAUUGCUUGUUGUGUAUGCACGGGGCUGCGGUAUUUGUUUAAACAGAAAGAUACCUUGUGAAGAGAUACCUGAAGCUGUCCUAGCACAGUUUGGAUUUGAAAAGUUUUGCCCCUUCCCAUAUGGAUUCUCUUAGGAUCUGUGAUUUAUGUAUGUGCUGGGGUGCGGACUAAAUUAUUUUGAUCUUGAAUGCUAAGUCUUCCUGGAGAUGUCUCAACCUUCAGCUGAGUCACAUGACAUAGUCUAAAGACAUAGCAAGUUUGCUAAGGAGGCCUGUGUCUUGACACUGAGAUGGGAGGCCUCCCAGGACACCACCUUGAAUUCCAUAAAAGGUGGGGAUGAAAAUGUAAUAAAUAACCUUGCUGAAUUGCAAUGCUGAUUUAACAACAAAUAUUUGAGAGAAUACUACCUAUGAAAUAUCUUCAGUAUUAGAGGCAGAUUCUUAACUGAGACUAACUUUAGAACAGAAGUGACAUUUUAAAGAAAGGGUGUGCUUUUGUGAUUUGCAAGCAUUUAUCUUUGCAGCACGUAACAGGACUAAACUUUUUGUUGCUUGCUGAACAAAGCACUACAUUCUGAUGACUUCUAAAAUGAGAUCCACCUCCAAGACAAAUUAUCGGAUGUAUCUAUUUUCUAUGGAUGCUUUAAAAAGAUGGCUGUCUUUUUUUAAAAAAAGCUAUUUAGUUGACAAUCUCUUUAAAUAAGAUAGAAGUAUGAAACAGACCCUACUCAGCAGCUCUGCAGGGUCUCGGAAUGUCCCAACUAUACCAACAUCUAGAAAGGCUAGGGACUGAACCUGGAACCUUGCCUAGACAAUGCAUGUCCUAUGGCCCCUCCCCCUGUCUGCACCCCAAAUUGUUGCCAUUCUUCAGGGUAUAAUUGCAGUGAUUUUCAUGGAUUUUAUUUGAAAUAGGAGAAUCCAGCUAAGUUGCACUGCAUGAGUGAUGGCUAAAAUGAAAAAUGUGUACGAGAUGAUGAAUACACAUGUGCACCAUUCUAGAACUUCAGUGCUGAAUGAGCUGCCAAACAAUAGAGUUGGAUCACGGAGAAAAGAGGUGGAGAUCAUUGAGGUCUCAGAAUAUUGCUCACUGGUUUACAAGAUGCCAAUGUUUCCAAAGGGUUUCUUUUUUUGCCUCAGUAACCUAGUGUACUACACUGUGUGGGUUAAAGAAACUGGCCAUACGAGGCCCUUUAACUGGAGAUGCAGAAGACUUGGGACAGACAAAAUAUGCACUGUAUAUCACAGAGCUAUGGCCCCACUUAGUGAAACCUUGUGUGUGCACAUCAGUGCUUCUUUGGUAUUUGCCAGGCCUAUUCAGGUUUUCACCAGGUAAACAGGUUCAAAUGAUUGUGGCAUUUCAGCAGCUAAGGUUCACUGGCAGAGAAAAAAAAUCCACACAAUUUAUACUUAGAUGAAUUAAUGCUAUGUAUUCUCCUUCUUCAAAAUGCAAGGCAAAUACUACUUGAGAUAAAUCCCCAAGUUCUCCGCUAGAGGGACUUCUGUUGCACAGCAAUAAAUACAAGCUUUUUCCAAGGCCAGAAGCUGGAGUUCUAAUGAAGCCUUCGCGGUCUUGAUUUUGUAUCUGUCAUGUUAAAAAGUUGAUGAGGCAGGGGAGUGGUUUUCUCCUGCUGUUUAUUUGUUUCUUUUAAAAGAGGAAAAGGAGUAAGACGCAUAAAUUAAUGAAAAGCUUCAGUAAAGGCAUUAUACAUGCCAGUCCAGGCAUAGACUGCUGCCCGAUAAAGCUGAGAGAGUUGAAACAGCCCUAUUCAAUUUUUGUACUACUGGUGGUAUCAUCAUUUUUGAAUGUCAAAACUGUCUUCAAUAAACUCCA